GGGUUGCUUUCGCUGUGGCGCUGCUGCUGCUGCUUCCCACGGCGGCUGCGAAGGCGGCCCGGCCGAGAUCUGACGGUGUUCUUGUCCCCCCCAGGUACCAGGAUAAUUUAUGAUCGUAAGUUUUUGAUGGAGUGCCGCAAUUCUCCGGUUGCCAAAACGCCACCUUCUGACCUUCCGGACAUUCCAGGUGUUACCAGCCCAAAUGUGGAGGAGCUGAAGAUUGAGAACAACCACGUCCAAAACUGUGACGAGAAAGUGAGCGCAGGCGAGGAAGAGCAGUUCGACAUGGACAUCUAGAGCACCUGCCCCGAGAGUGCUCAUCCCGCGAAGAACCAGGACCUUGUCUUGAGGAUUCCCACCAGCCAGGCUUAAAAGCAGCCCAUGCCUUGAGUGCCUUCCUGCUACCUGGGCAAGGCAGUUUGAUCUCGUCCGAGACCAGCGCGCGUCCUGUGCCAGGGACCGAGUCUCAGCCGCUCGGGGGGCGCUCGUACCCAAGCGCAGCCCCUGCUGAUGAUGGGCCUUGGAGUGCCGGAGGAGACACUCUCAAUGAUUGUUUUUGGUUCCAGUUUUAUGCUUUUGUUAAUCAUUUUAAUACCGUAAAAGUUACAGAAAUGCAAUAUAAGGGAGAAAUAAAAAACAUUUUGAGUCUCCUGGUA